AUGGCCAAUACAUCUGUUCAACUCACAGCCCCCAACGGCCAUAGUUGGGCCCAGCCAACGGGUCUUUUCAUCAACAACCAAUGGGUGAAGAGCUCGAACGGCGAGAAAAUUGCUACUAUUAAUCCAGCAACCGCAAAGGAAAUUACAUCUAUUCAUGCAGCCUCGGCGCAAGAUGUUGAUAAGGCUGUCAAGGCCGCUCGUGCCGCUCUCAACAACCCGUGCUGGAGAGAUCUGCCCGGUAUCGAUCGUGGCAAGCUGAUGAACCGCCUUGCCCAGCUAAUCGAAGACAACCGAAAAACACUUGCCACGAUUGAAACCAUUGAUAACGGCAAGCCGUACUCGGUCUCAUUCAACGAUGACCUGACAGAGACGGCCGAGACAAUUCGCUACUAUGCCGGCUUUGCGGACAAGAUCUUCGGUCAAGUCAUCGACACAACUUCAGAUAAGUUUGCCUACACUGUGCGUGAGCCAGUGGGUGUUUGUGGACAGAUCAUUCCAUGGAACUUCCCCCUUGCGAUGGCGGCUUGGAAACUCGGCCCUGCCCUCGCAUGCGGUAACACCGUGGUGCUGAAGCCAGCAGAGCAGACCCCACUUUCGAUCCUUUUCCUCGCAAAUCUCAUCGUGGAAGCUGGUUUCCCGCCCGGCGUGGUCAACAUCGUCAACGGACACGGUGCCGUCGCAGGUGCCGCCCUGGCCUCCCACAUGGAUGUUGACAAGAUUGCCUUUACAGGCAGCACAGCAACUGCCAAGCAGAUUAUGAAAAUGGCCAGUGUGAACCUGAAGAACAUCACCCUAGAAACAGGCGGCAAGAGUCCCCUCAUCGUCUUCAACGAUGCGGAUCUCGAGCAGGCGGUCGAAUGGGCCCAUAUCGGCAUCAUGUACAAUCAGGGCCAAAUAUGUACCGCGACAUCCCGCAUCCUGGUUCAAGAUAAGAUCUACGAUCGAUUCCUCGAGGCAUUCAAGGCUCAAGUGAAGAACGUCUCCAAGGUUGGCGAUCCAUUCGAGGAAUCCACCUUCCAGGGUCCCCAGGUUACCCAGGCUCAAUAUGACCGAAUCCUGUCAUAUAUCGAUGUCGGCAAAUCCGAGAAGGCAACUCUUGUCUCUGGUGGAAAGCCAGCGCGCGUGGCUGAUGGAAAAGGAUUCUUUGUUGAGCCUACCGUUUUCACCGACGUGGAUCCUAAGAUGCGCAUUUACCAAGAGGAGGUAUUUGGGCCUUUUGUGGUCAUUGCGCGGUUUAGUGAUGAGCAGCAGGCUAUUGAUAUGGCUAAUGACUCGACCUAUGGCCUUGGAAGUGCACUUUUCACCACUAAUCUGACGCGUGCGCAUCGGGUCGCGAAGAGGAUUGAGGCUGGUAUGGUUUGGAUCAACUCGAGCAAUGAUAGCGAUUGGCGUAUUCCUUUCGGUGGUGUCAAGCAGUCUGGUAUUGGCCGUGAGCUUGGUGAGGCGGGUCUGGCAGCCUACUCCAAUACCAAGGCCAUUCAUGUCAACAUGAAAUCCAAGCUUUGA